CUAUGGUGAAAACUGCAUGCUGGGAUUUGUAGUCUUACCUUUGUGUGUUGGUGGGGAUUUGAUUGGGGAGUGUGGGUGUGUUUUCUCGCGUUUCCUUUCCUUCGGCACCCAGGCGGAGCCCGGUCCCGUCCCCGGAAGCUGGGUGAGGGGCGGGGGCUCCGAGCGUAGGUCAGAGGUUGUAGGUCAGUCAAACACCGCCUCAGCGGGACUCCUCCAUCGCUAUGUAGCUCGCCGGCUGGAAGGGUGGCUGCGCCUUCUGGAAACUUCCAUCGAGAAAGCGCGUCGCGGGCUGGGCGGCCCCUGCAGCUGCCGCAGCCGUCUGCGCCCAGCUCCGGGGGCUUUUCUCGCUCCCGCUCCGCGGAGGAGCCACCGCUGCCGCCAUGUUCGGCUGCCUGGUGGCCGGGAGGCUGGGGAAGGCAGCCAGCAUCCUUUUGGAGCCAUGAAUAUUACCCGUACUCCAACUGUUGCACAGAUUGGCAUUUCAGUGGAAUUACUGGAUAAUCUGGCCCAGCUGACUCCUGUGGGCAGUGCUGCUGUAUCAUCAGUUGAUUCAUUCACUCAGUUUACUCAGAAGAUGUUGGACAACUUCUACAAUUUUGCUUCAUCAUUUGCUGUGUCUCAGGCCCAGAUGACACCAAAUCCAUCUGAAGUUUUCAUUCCAGCAAACGUGGUUCUGAAAUGGUAUGAAAACUUUCAAAGGCGACUAACCCAGAACCCUCUUUUUUGGAAAACAUGAUUUAAAUAAAGUAAUUUUUAAAGGGUUCUGAA